ACAAAACGACGACUACUCUCCUUUAAACUAAAAUUACAUAAAUACCCCUCAAAAUCCACAGAUCACUACUAUUCAACUGUUUCGUCUACCUUCUCCUUUCCCUCUUCCCAACCUACACAUUACCAUUCCCAUAUUAAAAUCCACAAAUCUCAAAUCCCCAAAAACCCAAACCCUAAAAUCGAAAACAAUGAAAUGUUACAAAAGCUCAUCAAUUCUCUCAACCAAUCACCACCCAUUCUUCUACAAACAACAACCAAUCUCAUCCCUUCAACCAUCUUCCUUCCCAUCAACUCUCUCUUACCCGACCCGAACCCGCUUCUCCUCCACCCGAAUCCAAUCUCGACUAACCCACGACGAUCCAGUUAAACAAUCGAAAGACUUAUCCUUCUACGAUCUUCUCGGCGUCACCGAAUCAGUCACACUCCCAGAAAUCAAACAAGCUUAUAAACAACUUGCUCGUAAAUAUCACCCCGAUGUUUCUCCUCCGGAUCGUGUCGAAGAAUACACAGAUCGGUUUAUUCGAGUUCAAGAAGCUUACGAAACUCUCUCCGAUCCUCGCCGGAGAGUUUUAUAUGAUCGUGAUUUGUCUAUGGGGUUUUCGUUUUCUUUCUCCGGUAAACGCCGGAACCGUUACGAUGAGGAAGUGGUGGAAGAGAAGAGUGAGUGGAAGGCAAAAUGGCAAACUCAGCUCUCAGGGCUAAGGAGAAGAAGCAAUCAGAAAGACAAUAACUCAAUGUCUUGGGCUGCUAGAAUGCGCCGUCAACAACAAGAUUCCUCUUAACACACAACAUCAUGUCUUUAGCCUCCUUACGUAUAGUCUUUUAAUUGUUUGUGUGUAAUAUAGAAAGCAUAGCAUCAAUACCAAGAAACUUUGUAUAUAUGUAUACACUUUUCUCUGUGCCUUUACCAAUCGGCAAGCACAUUAAAUAGAUAAAUACCCUAAUUAUAAGCUUC